GCAAUUCUGAUCUGUUUAACCUGAUCCGUUUUAUUUCUUCGAACCGUUGCGAGUCUCGUGCAGACAUGUACCUGAAUAAUCUUUGUAUUACUGGAAUAUCUUACGUGGCAAACUUCCAUAAACACUAUGCCACACAAUACUGCUAGAUCCGUUUCUUAUGACCGAUUUAACGAAACGAGCGUAGAUGUUAUUUUAUUAUACCUUCGAUCAGUAUAAAUAUUACGAAACUAUCUUUUGUUGAGUUUUCUCUUACGUAACUAAUUUGGUAGAUUUUUUUUCACUGCGCAUGCGGGUGAAGCAGGAGUAGAAAUCUUUUGGGAAAUUAAGAUGAAAUACGAGGAAGAAAAUCAAAAUGCACCUGAUUGUCACAAACUGGCCUCCAGUGCUCCUCCUGUUUGGACUGCCCUGUUUCCUAUCUGCCUAUCUGCCGUCACAAAGUGACGGGUUUCCUAUGAAGCCAAUAGUCCAACCAGAGUUGGCAGAGUUCAACGGGACCCUGUACGCAAGCUGCAAGAUGAAACCCAACACCAGACUGGCCGAGGACCAGCCCAAGGUCUACGGGCGGGUGCUCUUCAGACAGGGCCGUGUCGACAGGCCGCUGGAGGUGAUGUUCAAACUGAAAGGCUUCCCCGACGCCAAACAGAUGCGAGCAAUCCACGUUCACCAGUUUGGUGACCUCAGCGAAGGCUGUGACUCAACUGGUGGUCACUACAACCCCGACAAGGUGAACCACCCCAAGCACCCAGGCGACUUCGGAAACUUCAUGCCUCGUGGCGGACGUAUCCGCGAGAGGACAACGAGCGACGUCACCCUCUUCGGUCCGCUGUCGGUGCUGGGCCGAUCCGUGGUGCUCCACGCGGGGGAGGAUGACCUGGGCCAGGGGGGCGACGCGGGGAGCCUGCUUCACGGCAACGCAGGCCACCGGCUGGCUUGCUGUAUCAUCGGGAUCGGCAGCAGAAACCUCUGGGACAACGUGAGCCAAUAGCGUCAGAGGAGGCUAAACGAAAGGUCAAAGGUCAUCCCGUUCACACACUGCUGGGUCUGUCGCACACUACGAUUGCAAAAAGAGCCACCAUUCUUCAUAUUACCAGGCCUUGUCAGAAAAAUAUCAUUUAUUUGGUUCAUCACAGCAUCACUAACAGCUUAUAUUUCCACGAAACACAGUUGUUUUUUUUUUUUUUUAAUCAGAAAUACUAGUUUACCCGUUCAAUGUUAAACAAUGAUCUAAAACUGAAGCAUAAAACUGGAUAAAUCAUUAUCAGUCUUCUUAUUAUAGCUUUUCCAACCAUUCCCAUUUCAAUUGUAAGUGAAAACCUGUUUUAUUGCUUUUUUAUGCACAAGCAUAUUAUACCUGUAAUCAGAUGUUUGCAAACAUCAUAAUGGGUUAUGGGUAGACCUACAUGUGUGUGAUCUAACAGAUUUUUUUAUAUAUAUGUAUAUGCCCUUGAUUGUUAAUAGAAAGUAAUUUCCACCUAUUAAAGAAUACUGUUAAAUGAAUUCUAGUAAUGAUCCAGUAGUACAGUAAUACAAAAUAAAUGAUAAAAAGAG